UACAAAGUGACCAAUGAAAUUGUACGUUAUAUUUUAGCUGCAAGAUUCGAAAUGAGAAUAAUAUCGUAAAACACGGAAAGUUUAAGUGAUGGCAGAAACACAGGAUAAGAAAAUUUCAGCUGCGACUCGAAGUCGUUUACCGACGUUUAGUGCUAAGAAGAGAGCCCGCAGUCCUGAUGAGAAUGCUCCAAAAGUGGUAGCAACUGAAAAAAGGAGGAAAAUACUUAGUGCAUCAACAGAAAAUCUUCAUGACACAAGCAUUCAGUCAGUGGGGAAAUCCAGCUUGAACAAUAGUUUCCGGUCAAGUAGCAGCACAGGAAGCCUGCGAUCUAACUCGGUUCUCAACAGAACAACUACAGGCGUGGUGAGACCAGCAGUAAAGAAAACCCCGAAGCCAACUGUCGGGUCAGCUUCUAAGACAAGUGUAGGUAAAAAGAAACCCCCUGUCGGGCCAACUGUACCCAAGGCAACAGGCACCAAAGCUAAGCGACCAGCAUGGGACUUGAAGGGUCGGCUUCAGGACAUGGAGGAACUGCUGAACAAGCAGUCGUCCAAGCGAGACAGUCUGGAGACCCAGUUACAGGAUUACAACAUCCGUAUCGCCAGCCUAGAGUCUGAGAAAAAUAAACUGUACGGGGAUGUCCAGCACAAAGAGGAAAUCGUACACGGGGCUUCUAAACAAAUUGAGGAGUACCAGAGACAGAUUAGAGAACUGGAGACCAAUUUUGACCAGACAAAACGCAAACUACAGAUGGAAAUUGACAACAUUACGUUUCUAAGGGACAGUUUACAAAGACAAAAGGAUUCAUUAGAAGGAGAAGUCAGUGCUAAAACUAUAGAAAUCACAGGACUAAAGUCUUCUGUAGCAGAGCUCCAAACCGCUCAGGUUGGCAUUGCAGCACAGCUCGACGCUACAAAGAUCAGUCUGCAACAGUCUGAGGGUUCUGGGCGAGAAAAAGACAGUAAAAUCAGAGAACUUAAGCAGCUAGUGGCGCUCAUGGAGGCUCAGAUAGAAAGUUUUAAAAUCAAGGAACAAGAACACGAAACCAUGAGGCGUAAACUCCACAACACCAUUCAGGAGCUGAAGGGAAAUAUCCGAGUGUUUUGUCGAGUUCGUCCUCUGCUUGGAGAUGAAUUAUUGGGAAAUGAUGGUACAAUACAACACAUGGGUUUCCCGGACGUAGACAGCAAGAUACUGGAGCUGGAAAAAAUCUCAGAUGCUGGUCUGAACGAGAGUUGUUUGACAGCAAACAGGAAAGGGAACAACAAGUAUGAGUUUGCCUUUGACAGAGUAUUUAACCCUGACAGCACUCAAGCUCAGGUGUUUGAGGAAAUUUGUCAACUUGUACAGAGUGCCUUAGAUGGAUACAAUGUCUGUAUUUUUGCGUAUGGACAAACUGGAUCAGGUAAGACACACACAAUGGAGGGACCUUCAGAGUUCAGUCCUGAGCACGCUGGAAUGAUCCCCCGGGCUGUGGGGCAGAUAUUUGACAGUACCCAAGACCUGGUCAGCAAAGGGUGGCAGUAUGAAUUUGAGGCCUCUUUCCUGGAGAUUUACAAUGAAACCAUUCGAGAUCUCCUUGGAAACAACAGUGAUGACCUGAAACAUGAUAUUAAAAUGACAGGAUCAGCUGAUAAGAAAGAUGUGAUGGUGACAAAUUUAACGUCAGUGGCAGUCAAAUCAGAGGAAAAGGUUCAUGAAUUAUUGAGGAAAGCCUCCCACAACCGGGCAGUAGCCGAGACCAAGUGUAACGAGCGAUCGUCUCGUAGUCAUAGCGUGUUCCGACUCCGAAUCUCAGGGGUCAACAAAAACACGCAGGAGGCUUGUAUUGGAACCUUGAACUUGGUGGAUCUUGCUGGCAGUGAAAGGCUGAAGGAAUCGGGAUCAGAGGGAGCCCGACUUAAAGAGACUCAGGCCAUUAACAAAAGUCUGAGUACACUCAGUAAAGUCAUCAUGGCCAUCGCUAAUAAGGACGGCUACAUCCCGUACAGGGAGUCUAAGCUGACCUACCUCCUCCAGAACUCCCUGGGAGGGAACAGUAAGACUCUCAUGUUCGUCAACGUGUCCCCCAAAGAGGAGUGUUUCCAGGAAACCCUCAACUCCCUCAGGUUUGCCACAAAGGUUAACCAGUGUAGUAUUGGUACAGCCCAAAAGAAAUCAAAAUAAUCAUUGCUUUGUAGGAAGUAUUUUUAUUAGAAUGAAGAAAUAUUUUUUCACACUGUAAAAAAAAACAUUUCAAGUAGUAGAUGUCUAGUAUUGUCAGGAGUAUUUCCACUACUGGUCCUUAUGUUGAUGCAAACACACUUUGUAUGUUCUGUUCAUGAAUUAUCCCUACUUUUGAGCUUUGAUAAGAUUGUUUUAAGCAGAGUUUUUAAAAUGUCAGAAGGAAUUAUUUUUAAUCCAUUUUGCCUAUAAAGGUGUUGGUUUUUAAUAUUAUCUAAAUUUGAUCCUUAAGUUUUUAUAUUCCUGAUACAUAGCAGAUAAUUUUGAAUACGGAUUGGCUUGCCUCUAUACAGUCUAAUUAUCAUGUGCUGAUACUCAGAAUCAUCUAUUGUAUAAACUUAAUUUUUGACCCAGAUGUUUUAAAACCACAAAAAUAAGCUGCAUCACAGUUUAUGUGUAUAUGUGUGUGUUAUGGUGAUUUGUGUAUUUGGCCAGCUUUGUAUAUAGGAAUUUCAGAUCAAUAGCUACAUGUCCAUGUAAUAUGUAAUUCUAAACGUCUUUCUACUGUAUCCUCUUUCUUCCUCUCUAUCCCUCAAAUACUGUAUUACAGUUCUCAGUUUAGCUUGGACAUUUAGUAAGGCUUGGUAUUCUCGGAGCAACGUAAUUAGUGUCUGUCAAAUGGCGAAUAGAUUUUCAUUGGUUAAGAAAUUAUUAACAUUAGGAACUUUAAAUUGUUGUUGACAACCAUGAGACGACUUAUGCCCCGCCUCUGUGCUGUGUAAGAACUUUUAAUUGGCUAUUUGCUACACUAUUUGACAUUCGGCCAAAUUUCUAUCCUAUGUAUAUUUCAACAGUGAAGGAAAAGCUGUGUAAAUUUCUGAAGCUAAUUAUGUAACGUCGAGAAUGCCAUGUCUUACUGAAAAGUCCAAGCUUAACUGGGAAUUGUCCUAUUUCAAUGUCACCAUACACGAUUAGAAAAUAAAAUAUUAUGUAAGAAUUA